CUGUCACAGACGCUCAGUUGUUUCGUACCAAAAAUACCUUCAUAGUCUUGUCCCCAUUGGUUUGUUCAUGUCACGUGACCCUUAUUGUUUGCAAGUAGCACAUUUGAUUUCAUUGUCUCUUGUCAUGUAUUGAAGUUGUUACCCACUGCCGGUGAGUCAAGUCUGUUCAUGCCAAGUCAAGUUUGUGUCAAGUCUUCGUCUGUUCAGAUUAUGUUUGCAUUCUUGGAUUACUUUUGUAAAUAAACUGCACUUGGGUUCUUAGCAACUUGCCUCCAGUGGACUGUUCAUUACAGAAUACUGACUUUGCUUUGAAGAUUAGUGGUUCUGCUUUCACUGUGGGUGUCGUGGAGGAGGAACGCGACACUCCCCCAAAGUCCUCAGUCAUGUCUGCUACGCCAAAGCCUGCUAACAUGUCUGCUACGCCAAAGCCUGCUAACAUGUCUGCUACGCCAAAGCCUGCUAACAUGUCUGCUACGCCAAAGCCUGCUAACAUGUCUGCUACGCCAAAGCCUGCUAACAUGUCUGCUACGCCAAAGCCUGCUAACGUCAUGUCUGCUACGCCAAGGCCUGCUAACGUCAUUUCUACUACUCUAAGACCUACUUGUGUCGUGCCUGCUACUCCAGGACCUGCUCACAUCAUGCCAGUUAAGUCAAAGUUUACUCAUGUCAUGUCUACCAAGUCACAGCCUGAUCACAUCAUGUCUGCCAAUCCAGAGUCUGCUAACAUCAUGUCUGCUACCUCAGGGCCUGCUCAUGUCAUGCCUCCCAAGCCAGGGCCUACACACAAGAUGGCCACCACACCUGAUUCCCUGGCCAAGAUGGCCACCAUGCCUGAGGCGGUCGCCAUUUUGAGCGUGUGGGCUGCACACUGCACUCCUGAGGCCUCUCCUGUCCAUGAAUCUUCUCCUAAGGCCUCUCCUGUCCAUGUAUCCACUCCAGUGCCUCCAGAGGUGGCGGCUUCUGCUGCAGAACCUCCAGAGGAGGUAGCGUCCACUGCAGAACCACCAGAGGUGGUGGCUUCCACUGCAGAACCUCCCGAGGUUGUGGCGCCCACUUUUGAACUCACUGUCUGUCAUGUCACGGCCAUUGAGGCCAUUCAUGAAUUGACUGACUGCCUUGUCACAACCAUGGAGGCCGCUCAUGAACUCACUGUCUGUCCUGUCAUGGCCAAGGAAGCCAUUCACGAACUCACUGUGCCACAGGUCACGGCCAUGGAGGCCAUUCAUGAAUUGACUGACUGCCUUGUCACAGCCAUGGAGGCCGCUCAUGAACUCACUUGUCUGUCCUGUCAUGGCCAAGGAAGCCAUUCACGAACUCACUGUGCCACAGGUCACGGCCAUGGAGGCCAUUCAUGAAUUGACUGACUGCCUUGUCACAGCCAUGGAGGCUGCUCGUGAACUCACUUGUCUGUCCUGUCACAGCCAAGGAAGGCGUUCACGAACUCACUGUGCCACAGGUCACGGCCAUGGUGGCCAUUCAUGAAUUCACUGACUGCCUUGUCACAGCCAUGGAGGCCGCUCAUGAACUCACUGUCUGUCUUGUCACGGCCACGGAGGCCGUUCAUGAACUCACUGUCUGUGAUGUCAUGGCCAAGGAAGCCAUUCAUGAACGCACUGUGCCACAGGUCACGGCCAUGGAGGCCUUUCAUGAACUCUCUACCCGUUCUGUCAGCGUCAAGUGGUCUGUCCAUGUCUCUGCUCCACCAUGGCUUCUUGCUCUGCCGGCCCCACCCGGCCGUCCUGUUCUGCCUGCUCCGCCAUGGCUCCCUGCUCUGCUGACACCACCCGGCCGUCCUGCUCUGCCUGCACUGCCAUGGAUUUCUGCUCUGCCAUGGCUUAUUGUCUUGUCAUGUGAUUAUCACUUCUGUCUGCUCAUUGGUUGCUUUAGUCAUGUGUCUUGUCUUCAUUGGUUUGUUCAUGUCAUGUGACCCUCAUUGUUUGCUAUAAGUAGCACAUUUGGUUCCAUUGUCUCUUGUCGUGUAUUGAAGUUGUAACCUGCUGUCGGUGAGUCAAGUCUGUUCAUGUCUGUUCAUGCCUGUUCAUGCCAGGUCAAGUUUGAUUAUGUUUGUAUUCUUGAAUUACUUUUGUAAAUAA